GACAGGAAGGGGACAGUCGGCUGUACUGGGAGAGCUGGACGAGACACAGAGGGACAACCAGCUCCGUGGGCGCACAGAUACUUGACCUGUCUGGAAGGUGGAUGCAGGCUGCGUUCAGGUGGUUUACUGACCACUCUUUGUUUUUUUGAGAAGAGGAGAUGGAAGUCCUGCCGUUUCUUUUUCUUCUGGCUUGUGCCUGCUUUGUUUACCAGGCUGAUGGACGCAGAACGUACAGUGACAUGUUCACCCACAAGCAUGAUAUAACCGGAAAGUUCCCUUUUCCAAUUCCACCAAUCCCUGGCUGGGAUCCUGACACCAGCCCAUGGAACGAUUACCUCUACCCACCACUGAUCCCGAAGCCAAAGGGGCUCACGCACGGAGGAGGUGAGAAAGCCAAACCCAAGGUCCGCCUGACCAGCGACAGUCCAGCUCUAAACGGCUCGAGUGUCUCCUUCACGGCCAAGCUGGAGUAUCCUCCGUGCCAGAAGGAAGACGCCAACGGGGACCUUGUGUGGGAUGAUCACUGCGGGGACGGUACGGAGCUGGAGGCCUCAGCUAAUGGACAGGUUCGCUCCGGCUAUGUGUACAACUGGACGUCCUGGAUGGAUGACUACGGCUUUGGAAAGUGUACGGACAAAAAGAAAUGCAACGUGUUUCCCGACGGGAAGCCCUUCCCUCAGAGCAACGACUGGAGACACAAGGGCUACGUCUACGUUUGGCACACAAUGGGCCAAUACUAUGAGACUUGCGAUGGCUCAUCCUCCAGCGUGACCAUCAACACCAGUGCCAUCCCACUGGGGGCAGAGAUCAUGGAGGUCAUGGUCUACAGGAAACGUGAGCGCAGGAAGUACAGUCCCCUCACCACUGACAACACCGUCUUCUACGUCACAGACAAGAUCCCUGUGGCGGUGGAGAUCUCCCAGAAGGCUGCGGUCAACGAGUCCAAGAACGUUUUCUUUGGCGGAGAGGACGUGCUCUUCAAGGUCCAGCUUCAUGACCCCAGCGGCUACCUCAAAACCGCCGAGGCCAUCGACUACAUCUGGGACUUCAGGGAUGGCAAUCAGCUGGUGACACACCGCGAAGUGACUGCGCACAGCUACAGCAUGCUGGGGACCAUGAGCGUGAAGCUGGUGGUGGAGGCCGCGUUCCCUGCAGAGUGUCCACCAGCUGCUGCCACCACGACCCCGGGGAGACCCGUGUCCACACGUCCUACAGAGGCUCCCACAACUCCAGGCAGAACUCAUGCCGCUACUGUCAAGAUGGAGACCACACAGGCACCACGCAGCACCAGCCGACCUUUGCCCUCCUCCGCUGCCCCCACCUCAACAGGGUUGUUCUCCACGGAGCCCCUCCCACCGACUGAUGCCAGCACCACCCUGGAGCUCGACCCCACCGCCCUGGCCGGGCGCAGCACCCGCCGCCUCAACGGCAACCAGUGUUACCGCUACGUCCACGGAGUGUUCAACGGUAACAUCACCAUCAUUGCGCACAGUGACAUGCUCACCCACAAGCAAGAUGUAGCCGGAAAGUUUCCUUUUCCAAUUCCACCAAUCCCUGGCUGGGAUCCUGACACCAUACCAUGGAUCCCGAAGCCAAAGGAGCUCAUGCACGGAGGAGAGGACAGUGACAUGCUCACCCACAAGAAUGAUAUAGCCGGAAAGUUUCCUUUUCCAAUUCCAUCAAUCCCUGGCUGGGAUCCUGACACCAUACCAUGGCCCCCGAAGCCAAAGGAGCUCAUGCACGGAGGAGAGGACAGUGACAUGCUCACCCACAAGAAUGAUAUAGUCGGAAAGUUUCCUUUUCCAAUUCCAUCAAUCCCUGGCUUUGAUCCUGACACCAUCCCAUGGCCCCCGAAGCCAAAGGAGCUCAUGCACGGAGGAGAGCCCAUACACGCACUGAACAGCCAAAUGAGUAAUACCAUCGUGGACGUGUUGGCUGCCAGAGUGACCAAGACUGACAUCAGCUUCCUGGUGAAAUGUCUGGGCAUCACCCCCACCUCGGCCUGCACCAUCGUGUCAGACCCCACCUGCACUCAGGUGCGUAGCAUCAUGUGCGACGACGUGCCGCCAUCGUCGGAGUGCGAGGUGCACCUGAGGCGAACGUUCCCGGAACCCGGCACCUACUGUGUGAACAUCACCUUGCAGGACUCCAGUAGCCUGGCCCUCGCCAGCACCACCGUCACCAUCAACAAGUCCCAGGAUCCACCUGCGUCCAAGGCUCAUGGCACUGCAGCGGUGGUGCUCUCAUCCAGCGCUGUGCUGGUGGCUGUCUUUGCUCUCAUUGCAUAUAUAGUCUACAAGCGUCACAAGGUGUACCGACCCAUUCGUAGGUCACUGGUGGAAGACGCCAGCGGCCAUGCUGGGGUCGGAGGUCACAUGGUUCGCCUGAGGGAGACAUUGUUCCCCCCCAGUGAGGAGAGCCGUCACCUGCUGACAGAGAGACGCCCUCUGUAGGCCUCAUGGAGCGGCACCAGCAACCUUUUGUCAGGAUUGGCAAAAUUACUGGAGAAAAAUGUUGUUGUAUGCAAAUCUAAGCAAAGUUUGAAUAAUUAAAAAGAUGGCAGGUAAAGAUUUGUCUUGUUGAGAUAAAUAUUAGUAAAUACUACUCGUGUCUUGUUUCGCACUAUGGCUAAUGCUGAAGAUUGGUGGAUGAUAAUCUGACAAAGUCGUCAAAUGUCUGCCUGAGCCACUGUGCCUGGAGAUGAACUGUGUUAAAGCCUUUUCAUCAAAUGUAAUAGAUUUGUGCAAAUUCUGUGCCGCGCAUCGCUUUACAAAACUGCACCAUGUGUUGUAAUAACAAUAAUAGCCUCGAGUUAAAUGUUAAGUCCUUGAGAUGGUUGUUCCAAAACUCUGAGCUCUGUCAACUGGACUGAUAUUUUAAGAUUCACCCGAACCAAAAUAUUCUGUGAAAACUUUACUCGAUUAUAAUAAAGAUUGUGAACUAACA